AUGACUAUACUGGUUGGCUUUGAUUACGUCUAUAGUCGGGGCAAACCUAAUCUAGCAGCAGUGUUUAGGCUAUGCAGUGGCAAGACGACUGUUACAUCAGAUAAUGUGAAUGAACUGCUACCAGCAGCGGAUCAGUUCAAUGUCUUGAGCAUGAUUGAUUGUUGUAAAAAGUUUUUGGUGGAUAGUCUUACCCCCGAAAACUGCCUGGGUGUGUGGAGAUUUGGUAAAGAGUACUUAAUGCCUGAUUUAGAAGAAGCUGCAAAGAGGUAUGCUAUACUAAACUUCAGAAAAGUAAUGACAGAUAGCGAAGAAAUGCUAGAACUGUCCCCCGAAGCCUUGCAGAUCCUUCUCCAAGACGACCAAUUAAACAUACAGGGCGAAUAUUACGUGUGGAUUGCCAUCAAGCGUUGGUGCCGCUUCAGCUACCCAGAUCGACUCCAAUAUAUCCCUCAAAUGCUCAAGUGCUAUCUGAGCGCCGUCUUGUUGUCUGAUAAAAUCUACGCUAUCGGGGGUUACGACGGAAAUAAUCGUUUGCAAACUGUGGAAUGCUUCGAUAUCAAGCAGAAACAAUGGACAUACGUCUCUUCUAUGCACCAAGUCAGAAGUGAUGCCACUGCGUCAGUACUCAGAAACCGAAUUUUUGUGAUGGGCGGAUUCAACGGUGUGGAGUUCUUGAGCUCUGUUGAAUGCUACUACGUUGAGUACGACCAGUGGUUCUUGCUCCCGAGCAUGCUCAGUUGCAGGUCUGGGUUGGGAAGCGCUGCCUACGACAACUGCAUUUUCGCUAUUGGUGGCUUUGAUGGGAUAAAGCGUCUGACAACUGUGGAAAAAUAUGAUUUAAAUUCUCAGUUGUGGUUUCCAGCUAAGCCCAUGCAACGACCAAGAAGUAAUUUUGCUGUGGAGAUAUUAGAAGAUAAGAUCUACGUCAUCGGUGGCUAUAAUGACGUGGAUGAAGUCAUUACAGACGUCUGCGAAUGUUAUGACUUAUUAAAACCGAAAUGGAAAUUUGUUGCUCCGAUGGGCUUGGCUCGCUCUGGUCUCAGCGUGUGCAAGGUUUCCGAGAUUCAGAACCUGAAGGAUUUCAUCAGGUUUGACAAAGCCAGAUGCUUAGUGAGAGAGACAGGUUCUUCUGCAGGGGAUGAAGUGGAGGAGAGAUUCAGAGCUUUGAGGAUGUAA